CACUAUAUUUGAAUUUUGAUAUCAAUUUAAACGUUGAAAGCGAUUGUGUAUCCAAUGUGUAAUACAAAUGCUAUUUAAUGGCAUUGAAUAGAGACGAUGACAACCAAUAAUCAUAACAAUAUUGUUAAUAAUAACGGCAAUCAUAAUGUAAUUGAUUCCAAGUAUAGGGGAAUAGCCAUCCCUUUGGUCCCAAUUUCACGCUUUUUGAUCGAAAAGUUGAGAUUUCAUUCAAAGAAAACUUUUUUGUUAGAAAAUGAAACAAAAAAUACCUACACUUUCGACGAAGUGGCAGACGAUAGCCUACGUAUGGCUACAGUAUUGUCGGCCAAUGGACUGAAAGAUGGCCAACAUUUCGGUAUUUGCGGUCACAAUAGUUACGAAUUUAUUACUACAUUAAUCGGUGGCUUAAUCGCUGGCGGCGUUGCCGUACCCGUCAAUGCACACACACCUCUCGAUACAAUAUCGCAGUUAAUUAAACGAAAACAUAUAAACUAUAUGACAAUCACAACACGUAAUCAAAAGUCAUUGUCUAACCAAACGCUCAAAAGGUUUCAAAAAGGAUUAAAAACAAUCGUCUCAUUCGCUGAAGAAGUGAGCGACUCGUCCACUGAUACGGGCGUUGAAGUGGAGGACAACACAGAGAGGGAUGAGUACCAGUCGUACAGAAGUCACAUAACUAGUCACGAAUGUAAGAACGAGUCACACAUCGGUGUCAUUAAGUCAAUUGAUCCCAAGACGAAGAACUGUCUGCUCAUCGAU